GCAUUCUAUAAGUAAUAGAGAAUUAAUUUGUGUGCGUAUUGAAAGAAAGAAAGAAAGGUAGGAAAAUGUCUUCUUCAGAAAUUGGAGGUUAUGUUCCAUGUAAGGAUCCAAAUGAUCCACACGUGAAAGAUAUAGCAGAAUGGGCAGUAGCAGAAUACAACAAAUCACAAGGUCAUCACUUGACCCUUGUUAGUAUAUUGAAGUGCGAGUCGCAAGUGGUGGCUGGAGUCAAUUGGCGUCUUGUGUUGAAGUGUAAGGAUGAAAACAAUGGUGAGGGAAACUAUGAGACUGUUGUGUGGGAGAAGAUAUGGGAGAAUUUCAGGCAGCUCAUUACCUUUGAUCAUCUCUUGACAUGAAGGAACCAGAUGACUUAGCUUCCCUAUCUAAACUUAAUAUCGCUUUUAUGCAUAUGUAUGUUAUACAUAUAAAUAAUGAGAUUAUAAAAUAAACUAAUAUCCAAUCAUACAUAUAUACUUUGUAUUUUCUAUUUAAUGUAUCUGAUAUUUCCAUGUCUUAUCUUUUAUUUUAUAAUAAUUACAUCUCGUAUGAUAUGAUAUGAGAGCACGAUGCCUUAGCAGAAGAAGUUGUGUGUCAUCCACAAAAUUCAACUUAAAAGCUGAGAAAUGAAAAAUAAAGCCAACUUAAUAAAGAAAUGUCGAAAGUAUGAG